AAGAAAAUGGGGGACAAGAGGAAGAAGACGUUCAUGUUCAUCCGUCUGGUCUCAGCGGCUGGAACAGGAUUCUUCUAUGUGAAGAGGAAGAGCAGCAAGGGCCUUCUUGAGAAGCUUGAGUUCCGCAAGUACGACCCUCGCGUCAACCGCCAUGUCCUCUUCACCGAGCAGAAGAUGAAGUGACCCCAUUUUUUAUUUAUUUCUUUUCUAGUGGUGGUUCCAUUGCUUUCGAAUAACACCAUAAAAACAAGAUGUUACUAAUGAAUCAAAGAACUUCCCAAGUUAAGUUGGGGUUUAGACGUCAAA